AUGUUUGAUUUAUUUGAUUUACCAACACAUCUACCAGGAGAAACACCAACAAGUCUACCGAAAGAAGAACCAGAAUUAGAACCAAUACCUCAAGAUCAAACAAUAGAAGAAACAAACGAAGAAGGACAAUCACAGUCACAAUCACAAUCACCUACAAAAUCAAUAUUCAUCCCAGGCACAUCAAUCAAACUAGAAACAGAAGAAGAUGUAGCUAAAUGGAUAGAAGAAAGAAAAAAGAACUGGCCAACGUCGAAAAACAUAGCAUUAAAACUAAAAGAGAAUGAAGAAAAGAAGAAACGAAAAUUGGAAGACACAAAUUCAAUUAAAAAACGGCCCAAGGUGAUUUGCAAAUUUUAUCAACAAUUUAGGAAAUGUAAAUAUGGUUCCAAAUGCAGAAAUGUUCAUCAAUUAUCAAAUGAACCAAACCCAAUUGCUUUAAUAUUCAAUGAUCAAACUCAUUAUAGAAAAUUUAUUAAUGGAAUACCUAUUCUAAUUCCAAAAUUAUAUUCAAAUAGAGUUGAAAAUACAAAUGUGAAUAAAUGUUCAUUAUUUAAACAUUUAGUUGCACAGGAUCAAAUGAUUAAUGAGAAUAAAUUGGUCAUUGAAUUUAUUCAAUAUUUGAAUGACAAGGGAUUAAUAAAUGAAGAUAUAAUGAAAGAGGCAAGCUAA